UGAGUUUAGGGGAAGGGAAGGUCGAGAGUCGCUGCUUAUUUACUGUACAGAAUGUGAUGGUUCCCAAGAUUGAAAUGGAUCCCAUGCAGAAGAACACUCACAUCCUUGUUGGUGUUACUGGAAGUGUGGCUGCUUUAAAGUUGCCUAUUCUUGUAUCAGAGCUUCUAAAGAUACCUGGGGUGGAAGUGCGGGUGGUGACUACCGAGAAUGCAAAGCACUUCUAUAACCCUCAGGAGCUCCCUGUGACCCUCUACAGCGAUUCUGAUGAAUGGCAGCUGUGGAAAAAGCGUGAGGAUCCUGUGCUACAUAUUGACCUGAGGCGCUGGGCUGACCUUUUGCUGGUGGCUCCACUGGAUGCAAACACCCUGGCCAAAAUGGCCAGUGGCCUCUGCGACAACUUACUGACAUGCGUCAUCCGUGCCUGGGAUCUGAGCAAGCCGCUGCUCUUCUGUCCCGCCAUGAACACCGCCAUGUGGGAGCACCCCAUCACUGCUCAGCAGGUGGAUCAGCUCAAGAGCUUUGGCUACGUGGAGGUUCCUUGCAUCGUGAAGAAACUCGUCUGUGGAGACGAAGGUCGUGGCGCCAUGGCAGAAGUGCCAACCAUUGUGGCGAAAGUAAAGGCGAUCCUAUCGGAGCGGGGCCUGUCAGCGCACAGCUGAUCCCCAGUGAACGGGCAGCAUUUCUGUCUCCUUCUGGGACUACAAAGGUAGAAAGAGCAGGGAGUGAAGACCACAAAAACUGGACCCAGUCCUUACUGGCAGCUCUGUCUCUGCGUGGUUGGAGACCUCCUGCACUUGAGCUUGAGAGUUUUGAUGGGGGGGGUCCUCUGUAAUCCCUUUCGUGCAACCCCAAUGCUUGUUCCAGCUUGAAGAGGGAGUUGUAAACUCACAAUAUGCUGCACAGUUUUAAUAGUGUGGCAUUUGCCUUGCAGACAAGAGAGGGUGUUCAUAAAAAGUCAAGAGAACAUCUGUAGUAAAGGUUCAUAACAGUUUCUUGGCUGUAGCCUUUGCACCGGGGAUUUCACAGGAUUAGAAGGUGAGCUGUUUCACAACUUUCCUGGGGUUAGGCUUCCAUUAGUAAGUCUGCUUAGGGGCCCUAUGACUUUAGCUUUUGGUGCUCCCCAUGUCUGCUGACGCUCAGGAAUGCUGACUUCAAAGAGAGAAGCAAACAGACCCUCUGCAGGAGAGGCCUUGUCAGACUUUGCUACCAGUGUGUAGUGCUUUCGGCACCUUGAUUUGGGGCUGGGGUGGGCGAUGGCCUGGGAAUUUAUUUGCUGAGAAACGGGCUAAACAAACACUCACAAUUGAUUAACAGCUUUAUUACACAAGAGUUGGGGUGGGGCUGACCGGGAUUGGAUGGUGGGAGGAGAUCCAUUCCAGGCCCGUCUCUAUCCCUUUGAUCCCUCCCGGUGGGCCAAUGUCAGGUUGGGUCGGUGGACUGCCCUGCCUGGUCAGUGGCCUGUCACAUAAACACAGCAGAGUUUGCUCUCGUGUCCUUAGAGUGCAUUUAAAGCCAAAUCAGGUUCCGCACAUACAGGGGAGCCUGGUACAAAACGUACGCGGCGCAUGAAGGACAAACUUUGAACUGCUACGCACGAGAGAAACAUUGGAUCCUUGUCAGUUUCCUACAGAUAAAAAGCUCUUUGUAGUUUUCCCACCUUGCCUUCCAGCUUGUCGCAGGGACACUACUUCCUGUGUGGGGAUGGAGGAGUGGGGUUAAGGGCAUGAGAUUCACCAUAGGUCAUCGUCUCUCGGAGACGGAGCACAAACUUUGCGUCCAGAAAGAGCCUCUGUCGGCAGCUUGGCAGGGCAGGGGUGGCCUUGGGAGAGCCAUGACCAAUUGGGGUGAAAUGGAACAAUGCCCGCAGGAGGGUGAUUUCUUUGCCUUCAAUCUUUGGUUCUCAGACUGCAGGGAUAGGCAUAGCUGAAGAUAGCAGGGAAUUCCAGGGAGAAUGGGUUAUUUGCCCUGAAGCAUAGUGCCUUUUUCCCUCCACCAGCCCAAGACCUGGGUGGCUUGAACCCCUGACUGAGGGUCCUCACUGAUCCACACUGCACUUGUGGGGGCAAAAGUAUCAUCAUUGCCCUAUCACCCCACCCAGCUGCUCUUGGAAGAGCUGCUGCUUUGCCUUAACUAAGAGAGGACCAAAGAUGCCUUGGUUUAUUCUAAAUUUGCUGCUGGAUUAAUUCCCCAGUUCUCUGCAGCAAUUGAGAAGCUGACCCGUAGACACAACUUUCUUUGCCUAUACAGACCAUAUAUUUGUUUUUGCUUUGAUUGGAUGGAGUCUCCCCCUUGAAGAAAACCUCUGAUUUUGACUGGAGCAAUGGCAUGGCAAGGGGGUGUCAACCAGUUUUCUCUUCUUGAUCCACCCCCCCAUCUCUGCUAUCAGCUCAAUUGAGCCAACCCAGUUGCCUGCAUUGUGUCCAUAUUCCCCCCCCCCCCCAACCACCAAAGUGGUGCUAGUAGCUCGGGGAGUAAGACAGUUUUGAUCAGGAAAUGGGAGAAAAGACCAGACACAUUUCAUAUUGGUUGAGUAGGUAGAGUAAGUAUUUUGCAUACAAAGAGUCCCUGUUUCUAAUUCCUGGCACCUUCAAUGAAAGGGAUCUUGGAAAAAAGGGGUGAUGGGAAAGUCCUGUCUCCUGGGGACCCUGGGGAAGAAUCUGCCUAUCAAGGUAGAUGGACGAAUAAAAUAGUUCCUCUCUCCCUGUGUACAUGCGUGUUUUGCUUUUAAGCCAAAAUGACCGUGGAUUUUCUGUGCCAGAAUUGGCUGGACCAACCAUGUUUCCAGCAGCGCUGCCGCUGCCUGUUUAUCUAACGUGAGCCGUUGAAGAGGGUUUUUAUAGGCAUUGUGCAAUGGCUGACGUCCAAAGCUCAGGGCCAGGGGAAGGCGGUGCUUUCUGACAAUUUGCAUGCGCAGCAUUGAUGUUUGCAAACUUGCCUUGCAGAUUGGCGACCGGCUGCAUUUAUAAAUAUUGACAGAAGCUUGCUUGCCUCACUACGCCCAGCGAGGCCAAGCAGAUAAAAGUCCUGGGAGACACUUCUGCAUUGCAUGUUGCAUGGCAGUACAGACACAGCAUGCAGCUGUGCAGUUUUACUCGGGCUUCGCCAUUCAUUGAGGGAUUCUAUGCUCCGUCGUGUCUGUUCUCCUGCCACCGACGGUGGAGGCCUGGCAACCCCAAAAAACAAAUUUUGCCCAGUGCACACAAAAAAUUGCCACAUCUGCAAAACUGCCAAGUUAACCUCUGAGAUUGAUCUUUAAUGCAAUUGCUCUUGUAGGUUUUCCAUGGAAGCGUCCUUCACUCGUAUCUGUUGUAUGAGUUGAAUCGUUCAAAAGUGCAAUCCUGCACAUGUUUGCUCAGAAAUAAGCCCCUCUGGGCACCAGUGGGGCUUACUCUCAUGUAAGUGUGCAUUGGGCUGCAGUCUUUAGUUCAGGCAUAGGCAAACUCGGCCCUCCAGAUGUUUUGGGACUACAACUCCCAUCAUCCCUAGCUAACCGGACCAGUGGUCAGGGGUGAUGGGAGUUGUAGUCCCAAAACAUCUGGAGGGCCGAGUUUGCCUAUGCCUGCUCUGGUUGCUCUUUUCUCUGCCUUUUCCAAGAGAGGCUCUUGUACAGGGUCACAUGAUGUGGGGUGACCACUUGCGCUCCAUCAUGUGACUUGAAGACCCAUUUAGAUGAAGUGUUUCUGUCUCAAUAAACUAGUUCCAGACGAAGCAGGUGGGUGUGACUCAAGGUACAUUCCAUUUGGCUGACAACCCAGCAACUCGGAGACGAAAAUGUUGCGAGAUAUCACUGUAGAACAGACAGAACAGGUGAUUUAGAGUUCCUUAAUUGAAUUGCUUCUUAGCAAAGGAUGUGCUAGAAAUACUCCCCUAUUGUACUUUUCAUCAUCAUAAACAAAAGGGGCAGAGGCUUUCAUUUUCAUUUUCAACUAGUUCUACCCGGCCACGCGUUGCUGUGGCUCAGCCAGGGUCCCUGUUUCCAAGGACAGGUGCAUGACGUAACGACACCCCACUCUCUGUUCCCCCCGCUGCGUGACGCCAUCUUCCCCCAUGUGAUGUCACCCUCCCCCAACACCCCCCCCUGCAUACCAUAUGCACAUUUUGGGAAGGGCCUGGCUGCUUCCCUCGGCAAAUCCUGGCAGGCGAGGGGGCAGGUGGUUCAUCUGCAGUUCCUUAUUGAAGAUGGACAUGCCAAGGGCGGGGGGAGAGGCAAGACGCCAGCCCCCAGUCUCCCAGAAGGAGCCGCCUACCGAAUGCACAUUUUGGGGAGGGCCUGGCCGCUUCCCCUGGCGGAUCCCGGCGGGCAAGGGGGCAGGCGGCCCAGCUGCAGUUCCUUAUUGAAGGUGGACAUGCCGAGGGCGUGGGGGAGAGGCAAGGCGCUGGCGGCAAAGGGACAGGAUCCGGCCCCCGCUCUCCUAGAAGGACCCACCAGCCACCCGCUCCCAGUAUCCUCUGCACGCUCGCGCCGGAAGGAUGCCACUGCGCACACCAAGGCAUCCUGGGAGUAAAAAAAUUACUAUAGCAUGUGUUGCUUUGACGUCCAAUAGAUGGCGUCGUUUUUCCAAAAAAGUAUGUUUUUACCUGUCACAGGUGUGACAUCUAUAUAAUCUAAUUAUAUGCAAACACUCCCGUAUUCGAAUGCAAUGUUGUGUCAAAAUUUCAAAGCAAUCAGUCAAGAACUUUCGGAGAUUUUUGAUUUUGUACAAACGGAUAUUUACAUUUUUAUUUAUAUAGAUGAAAGCUGAACAUUCAGGGAAAGGUCCUGGUAUGCCCUUAAGGUUCUCAGGCCUCCACUGGCCCCCCUGGCUUUGCCACCCAAACGGUCUACAGUGGUCCGUUGGACUGGUUGCCUGUAAAUUUUAAUUCCUUUUUCCACCACCUUUCCCACGCACUGAAUUCUAUAUUAUGUCCUAUGUCUCUCACCUAGUUAAGCUGACUUAACCAUCUCGCCCUUUUUCUCCCACUCCAACAAUAAUUUAUACAUCCUGGAAAUUAACUUUCCUGACGUUUCUAUAACCUCCCUUUCAAAUUGUGAACUUUGAGUCACAAACCCAUUUUUCUUGUCAACUUUAAACAAGGUUAAAGGAGUGGAUAAUGUUGAAGAAUGCACACAUUUUAGAUCUUGAAGGGCAGGAUAUAAAAUUUGACUGGCAUGCAUGUCUAUGGUAUGGAAUAUAUAAGAGCUUCUUGAAUCAUGUAGUCAGGAAGAAUUUGUUUAGAGUAUGAGAUAAAUACAAAAACCUGCUUGAAAGGAAAACAUCACUCUGGCUCUCACCCACAGAAGCAGAAUCCUUGAGAAUAUCGCCAGUGGAUAACAUAUAGAGAUUUACUGGCUUUUCACAAUAAGAGAUAAGAUUGAAGAAGCUGGAAGAUGUUAAUUUUGCAGUAACUGAUUGCUUACAAUAUUAUCAAGUACAUGAAAUUUAUUAUUUGCCUUUUAUUUAUUGUAAGCUGCCUUGACCAUAUUUUAUACUGAAAGAUGGGAUGGAAAAAAUAAUAAAUGAGUGAAACUAAAAAUUGACUGGUGUUCUAAAUAAAUAUGAGAGUCUUUCUCAUGCUGUGAUUGCCUGGGGCAGGGUUAUGAUGGUUAAUGUGUUAUGGAAGCUUGUGAUAAUUAAGGAAGUGAUUAAUUUUAUUAUUGCACUAUCAUCACUGGAGAAGAUGAUGUAUCUGUCAAGGGUAUGUGGACUUCACAUUUGGUACGUGGUAAUGAAUAGCUGGCCACAUCUUCCCCCGGGGUUGACCUUUAUGUAUAUGGGGAAAAAGCUGAGUUAAUUAAUGCAUUGCCAGGCCUCCUGUCCUGCUUUGCUAAGGACAAAUUAAGUCUUUGAACAGAGCUUGGGAGUCUGUCUUUUAUGUUGUGAGAACGCAGUACUGAGUCAGCAGCAUCGUCCUAGAAUAAUAACCCACGAACCCCAGAGGCUCUCUGGCUUCUACCCACCAAGGUCUUGAAUGCGUGCAAGGCAGCAACCUUGCUGAAACUGAGCAGGCCUGGGUCUGGUCAGCACCUGUGUAGGAAAGUUCCUGGGCACAAAUGGUAGCAGAGAGCUUUUCGCUGAAUAUCAUGCUGGUCAAAUAUUUUGUUGCUCAUCAGAAGAGCUAUGCACCCAAAUGAACAUCAGGAUAUGUGUGCAUAUGGUUUUUGCAUCUUCGUUAUUAAUAGUUUUUAUUCAGUUUUAUUCAGUUUUCUGUUUUACAAUUUAAGAUACUCAUUUUACAUCCUUAAGAUAUCAAUGACUUCCCUUCUUCUCUUUCCAUGGUUCAUUUUACAUAUCUUAUAUCCCUGCAUAUUUUACAAAAAAACUAUACCAAUCGGUUUUCCAUUAAUGCACCCAUCAAAACUUAUUUACACUGUUGAAUUUAUCUUAAUGCCGCCAGCGUUUUCAGCUGUACACAAUUAUUUUCGAUAUAUUCAAUAAGCGUUUUCCAAUCUUCUUUAAACGUAUGUUCUUGUUCUCUUAUUCUAUACGUUAAGUCUGCGAGUUGUGCAUAUUCUGUCAACUUAAGUUUCCAUUCUUCUUUAGUUGGGACCUCGCUCGUUUUCUAUUUUUGGGCUAACAAAACAUGGGGCGUUGUAGCAGCAUACAUAAAUAACCUUUUUUGACACCUGGGAAUUUAGUUAAUAGUUAUUAUAGAUUUUUCCUAUACAUGGGGGGGGGACCCAGAACCCUCAACAUUCACCCCUCCCCACUUUAAUAUAUACACCAUCCCUGCCUCCUCUUCCCAAAUAGACAAGUCCCUCUACCUAUCAAAGCACACAGGCACUUGAUGCCUUUUCAUGUGUGCAUGCUUAUACUAAAAGGCAUGAGUCCAAAUUUCCAGUUUGUAAGAUUUAUUGAUGUUCUUAGCAAUACUGACAGUGUUGUCAUACCUAAGGGAUGGAGGAGGAUUUCAGUUUGGUUCACAUUUAAAGCUGAAUCCAUCACAUUUUGCACUUUUCGAUGGAACAUGUGAAUCAAAACACAACUAUUCUCCAACAUUUGCACAUAUCUGAUCAUUUUGAUGCAGUUCCCCAGCCAACAUUUGAAAAACAAUGCCUGUAUUGGGGAGGGUGUGUGUAAAAAAUGAAGAUAUUAGUGAAAAUAACAUACCAAAAUCCAUUAUUUGCGGGAAAUUUGAUUGCGUGCACUUUGUGUACAAAUGUGUCCACUGCAUCUAAAAAUGUGUUUGUUAGGAGGCAUUCACUGAUGAAUUUCCAUGAGGAUUUUUUAAAUUAAAAGACCAUCAUGCAAUUUGCUGCAGAAUGUGGAGAACUGAAAACUUCCAUCCCAUAGCAUACCUAUGAAAAGCCUUGCUGGGGGUUGGCUCCUCCCUCAGAUGCAUUUUGUUGGCUACCUUGAGGAACAGGAUGUGUGGACUGGAUGCAACUUUGAUCUGCUCUAUCUGGAGUGUUCAUAUUUCCUCCUUUAGAUGUCAUUCUUCAACGAAAUACGCGAUUCCAAGCUUGCAGCAAAAACAAUACUGAUAAAGAAAACGAGAAGAACAGAUAAAGGACUCGGCAGUUGGCAGCCUAAUUCUUAGGAACACCCUUAGAUGCUGUAGUAAGACGCAGGCACGUGGGGGUGGGUGUCUUGUAGCCAAAACCAGGAAGCGCAAGAAUAGAAGUGGUUUGAAGCACUUGGGCCUUGCGGGUUGGAAAGGGCGACCGAAGAGGAACUGAAACGAGCUAUUGCAGCUCUCUCGACAUUUCCUCAGGAGCAAGUCCUGUUGAACUUGGUGGGAGCAAAUUCCGAAAAAACAGACAGAAAUGUUGAGUUGUCAGAUUUCACAUGCGUGGGGAGGAAGAAGUGAAACUGACUGUGAUUAUAGACAACUCCGGCGACCUGGAAGAAAGGAGAAAGCUGGGUUGCACUCGUUGACCCUCGGAUGUCAAUCUUCCAUUGCUGUGGGUGUCUGCCUAGCCUAUAACUCCUCUCUCCUUUUACUUAACAGCACAAACCAUUCAGAUCUAGGGCAGCAUCCAGUUUCUCACAGACGGCUGCAGGAAGCCCUAGUGCAGGUGAUAACCCUACCUUACCGUUGCCUCCCAGCGACUGGUAUUCGGAGAUAACACUGCCUCAGAACAUGGAGUGUAGCCUUUUGGCUAUCAUCAUCACUAUCAGUUUGUUUAGCAUGAGCAUUUUUUCCACCCCACUCUUCAGCCUCAAAGGGGCUCCCGAAGUAGUUGACAACUAUCAAAACGUCAAGACCUUGCCCUCGGACUCACAAUCUGAGGGACAAGCUCAGGUGCGACUUUUUAGGCACAGAGAUAUUGUGAGAACCAGAAAGGGUGAAAUUUUGGAGAGGAGCCUCAAGUUGCUGUUUUUCAGCAGAGAGAGUGGUGAGGUCCUGCGGCGCCAGCUUUACCCCCCUCUUUCAGUGAAAAGGUAAACCACCGUGAAGUGCAAAUAUAUAAAUGUACCGUAUAUGCACCAACAACCUUCACAUAUACAAGAAGUUUCAAAAAUGUGUACAAAAUCU